ACAUCCAUCUACUUUUGUCUUAGGCUGUCCUUUAAACUCAUCAGCAUCACCAAACACUUAAGAGCAUGAUUAAUGGUAAACUCUUAAUGGAAGCAGCUGAUAUGGAUGGAGAUGAACGUUCGUUUAGGCUGGCUGAAGUAACUAGGGGGUACAAACGUCUUUUUGUUCCAUCGUCUUGCUGAAGCAGCAACCAAAAAAAAAACCAAUUGGGUCAAAACACUUUCCCUUACAAACAGAAAUCACAUUUUUGAGUUUGUUUUUAAAAUUGAUUCAUCUUCAAGCUCUCUCUCUCAUUCGAUCAGGUAGGAACUCUUGCUACUUUUAAUUCGUCAUCUGGUGGAAGGUUCUGAAAUCGUUUCAUUUGCCAAAAUUCAUGGGUGAUGGUACUCCUAGGAAGUUAAACAUAUUACCUGAUUACUUUAGUGCUCCUAGUCCCAACGCGGAAUCUUCUCAAGACAAUACUCCAUCAUCUUCGCAGCCACAGGACGAUCUUCCUCAGAGGUCAAAUAGUCAGUCACGGACUCGUAGAAAACUGAAAAGAGCAGCACUUAUGUUGAACUUGUUCACUCUUCGCCGGCUGCCUUGGGUUUCAGACGGUCAAGAUAAGGUUGAGCUUUCAGCAGCGGAGUUAGAAUCACUUAGAUCAGAACUUUCUGAUUUGGAAGAAAGAGAAGCUUACCUCAAAGCCCAAUUGGAACAUGUGGAUGAAGUCUUGCGCUCUGCUCGUUUAUCUGGCUAUUUGUUUAUCCGAAGUCGUUGGGCAGCUCUGCCUGGUGAACCACCACCAAUAGAUGAUACAGAAGUAGACGACUGGCUUCCUCGGUUUGUCGUCCUUCAAGGCCCAUGUCUUUUCUUCUAUUUAUUGUCAACAGAUUUAAGCCCUCAAGAUUCAACAUUGCUGGCGGAUAUUGUAGAAGUUGGUUCGUUACCUACCUACACUAGGGAAUUCGAUGAAACCCAUCAUUGCUUUUACAUCUUAACCCGUCAAGGUCUAAGAUUUGAGUGCUCAAGCACCUCUAAAACACAGGUUGAUUCGUGGUUGUCGUUAUUGCGCCUUGAUUGCAAGAUUGAAAUAGAAGAAAAGUUACCAAACGGAUCAAGCAAAGCUCCUCAAUAAAUUGAAGAUUAGUCACUGCUCUGUAUAGUUUUCAUUUCUAUGUAUAUAAAAUGCUUACUUUAGAUGUAGUAGAAUUCACGUCAAUAGAAGGUUCUUUUAUGGAA